GCCGCGGAGCUGGCCCCGCGGGGCCCCGGGGGGGAGGGGGAGCCGCGAAGCCCCCGCCGAGGCCGCCGCCGCCGGGCCUCCCCUCCCCCCCCGGGCGGGCGCCAUGCGGGGGGGCCCGGGCGACGCGGAGCGGCGGCAGCGCUGGGGCCGCCUCUUCGAGGAGCUGGACAGUAACAAGGAUGGCCGCGUGGACGUGCGCGAGUUGCGCCAGGGACUGGCCCGGCUGGGCGGGGGCGACCCGGACCGCGACACCCAACAGGGCAUCUCCUCCGAGGGCGACGCUGACCCAGGUGGUGGGCUCGACCUGGAGGAGUUUAGCCGCUACCUGCAGGAGCGGGAACAGCGCCUGCUGCUUCUGUUCCACAGUCUGGACCGGAAUCAGGAUGGUCAUAUCGAUGUGUCUGAGAUCCAGCAGAGUUUCCGAGCUCUAGGCAUUUCCAUCUCGCUGGAGCAAGCAGAGAAAAUUCUGCACAGCAUGGACCGUGACGGCACGAUGACCAUAGACUGGCAGGAAUGGCGUGACCACUUCCUGUUGCAUUCACUGGAGAAUGUGGAGGAUGUAGUCUAUUUCUGGAAGCAUUCUACGGUCUUGGACAUUGGUGAGUGCCUGACUGUCCCUGAUGAGUUUUCAGAGCAGGAGAAGCUAACUGGCAUGUGGUGGAAGCAGCUGGUGGCGGGCGCAGUGGCAGGUGCUGUGUCGCGGACGGGCACAGCCCCUCUGGACCGCCUCAAGGUCUUCAUGCAGGUCCAUGCAUCCAAGACCAACAAGCUAAACAUCCUGGGAGGCCUAAAGAGCAUGAUCCGAGAGGGGGGCAUGCGCUCCCUGUGGCGUGGCAAUGGGAUUAAUGUGCUCAAGAUUGCACCUGAGUCUGCUAUCAAGUUCAUGGCCUAUGAGCAGAUCAAACGGGCCAUUCGGGGGCAGCAGGAGACCCUGCACGUGCAGGAGCGCUUUGUGGCUGGCUCCCUAGCUGGUGCCACAGCCCAAACCAUCAUUUACCCCAUGGAGGUGCUGAAGACGCGGCUGACCCUGCGCCGGACCGGCCAGUACAAGGGGCUGCUGGACUGUGCGUGGCAGAUCCUGGAGCGGGAGGGGCCCCGCGCCUUCUACCGAGGCUACCUGCCCAACGUGCUGGGCAUCAUCCCUUACGCGGGCAUCGACCUGGCCGUCUAUGAGACCCUGAAGAACCGGUGGCUCCAGCAGUAUAGCCGCGACUCGGCCGACCCAGGCAUCCUCGUGCUCCUGGCCUGCGGCACCAUCUCCAGCACCUGUGGCCAGAUAGCCAGUUACCCCCUAGCCCUGGUCCGGACCCGCAUGCAGGCCCAAGCCUCCAUCGAGGGCGCCCCCCAGCUCUCCAUGCUGGGUCUGCUCCGUCACAUCCUGUCCCAGGAGGGCGUGUGGGGCCUCUACCGGGGCAUUGCCCCCAACUUCAUGAAAGUUAUCCCGGCUGUGAGCAUCUCCUAUGUGGUCUACGAGAACAUGAAGCAGGCCCUGGGGGUCACGUCCAGGAGUACCCAUCACCGUGAGUACCCAUCACCAUGCCUAAACAUUCAGGCCCCAGAUCCAGCACUGGGUCCUAGAUCCCCAAAACCACUGGCGGAUCCCAGAUCCUCAUGCUUCCUCCAGCCCUGGAUCUCUAAGCUCGGCCACUGGAUUCUGGAUAUCAAGAAGCCUCAGCCACCGGAUCCUGACAAUGCAAUGCCUAGAUCCCGGGGCCCCAGCCACUGGAUCCCAGCUCCCCUCACCCCAACCACUGGAUUCCUGAAUUCCUUUACCUUGACACUGAGUCCUGGAUCCCUCUGCUUUGACUACUGGAUUCCCUACAUUUCAACCACUACACCCUCAACCCCCAACCACCGGAUCUCGGAUUCCCAAGCCCUGACCAGCCGGACCCUGGCUCCUAAAAUCGCAAUAUGAGAGCCCAACAGAGGAGUGAGUGGGUCCUGGCGACUGUGGCUGUUGGACCCCAGAUCCUUCCACCGCAGGCACUGGAUGCUGAAACCUCACCCAUAGGAGGUAGACCCCCACCCUUCCAAGCACUGGAUCCCAGCCCCUUAGUCCCUGGAUUCUGACCGGAAUCCUCCCAGGCACUGGAUCCUGAAUGCCUCAGACUCCAAGUCUGGAUAGAUCCCAAUAGGCCAAUCACAGCAUCCUGGGUCCCCCGUGCCCCUGCCCCAGAUGCACCCUAGAGCCCAGGGCCUAAGGAGCCUGUGGGAAGGAAGCCUAGGUCCUGGCCUCCUGCUUCCAGAAAACCCGUGGGACUUGUCCAAAGUCCUGACGCGGCUAGAAGCCGGCAGCUGGGGAAGGAGAUGUCCCUCCCAUGCCCUAGACAGAGGCUGGACACCCCUGCCACCUGCCCAGUGUGGACACGCCUCUGGCCCUAUGGGCAAACUGCCCCUCCUCCCACAAUGCUCUGUGGUAUCUUCCAUUCCCUUCCCACCUUCAGGCUGAUGAUAACCUCCAGUCACGCUUUUUGGGGGGCUGGCAAAGGGGCAGCCUGAAGCCGGGGGCACAUUAAGGAGACUCCCCCAAACACACCCCAGCCAGAAGCAAGUCUACACAGACAACUCUUCCCUGGAGCCCAGCAUCCAAUUAUGCAAAACAAACAAACCAAAUCCCCCGGACUCACUCCAGGUCUAUUUUUCUACCAGAGAGCAUCAGACAUUCCUUCCCGCAGAUAACCCAAGCCCCCCCCCAGCUCCCCCGACUCCCCUGUACAUUCUGCACUUUAUAGUUGGAUUCUGAGCUUAGCAUCAUUGGGGGACCCCUCUCUUUACUCCUCCCAAGUCCUUGGGGAACCCCAUUAAAGAACUGCAAAAGAGGAACUGGGUUGUUUGGGGGGGCUGGAGGACCCCCCCAUGGCUUCCACCUCCCCUCACCGCCCUCCCCCCUGCUCCACCGUGUCCCAUCUCCCGCCUGCGUGUGUUAUUUCAAAGGAAAAGAACAAAAGGAAUACACUUUCUAAGCUCUUUCA